GCUGUCUGUCUGGAAUGAUGUGGUGUCUUUGGAGGGAGGGAGGGAGGGGGGGGAUGGUGUGGGUAUUUGUGCGCUGCUCUCUGCUGGUCUCUCGCGUCGUGGGUGCGUGUUCACACACACAAACUUUUUCUGAUUUGAUCUGGCCAGCCACCCAGCUGUGCUCAAACUUUCUUCUGUGUCCAUGUGUGCGUCUUUACGCUGGAAUGCGUUGAAUAAACUCGGAAGGGAAGAAGCCCCCCACUGUCCCCGCGAUGUGCAUUAGUUUGAUGGAUGGAUGGAUGGAUGACAGGGGCGUCACUGGUGACCGACUGACGGCCCCUCCCUCCCUCCCUCCCUCCGUCUGUGUGUGUGUGUGUGUGUGUCACUCAUACUUAAGGAAAGUCAUACCGACGCAGAAACACCAGCCUGCGCCACGCUACCCGACAGCACUCGUCACAUAUCCCAUGACACCACACCAGAUGGAUGCAUGCUGGCUCUGAUCCUGUCUUGGGUAUCCCUCUGUCUUUCUGUCUGUCUGUCUGUCUGUCUCUCUUGCUACAGUAAGCACGGCACUAGCAGCACACCCCCAUGGCAUACACACACGGUCACAUACGUCCCAUCCCCAGCCCGUAAACAGCGCAUCAGCACUUCUUCCUCCCUCCCUCCCUCCCUCCCUCUUUUCCUCCCUCAUCAACUAAACCCACUACCUACCGCUCAUGGAUCAGGGAUCUAGCCGCCGAUAGGCCCACCCAUCAGUGGCCUUGCCGUCGUCCUUGCCAAUGCCUGUGCCCCUGCCCCUGCCCCUCCCCCCGCUCUCCGCAUCCGUGGGCGCCGAGGGCUGUGGCGAGGGCGUUUGGUCGCUCUCGUCGGUGAACAGCAGCGCCCCCUCCGGGCACUCCACACCCGGAGGGCCCUCGUCCACGCCGCCCCUGCUGCUCGACACCCCACCUAGCGAUGAGAGGUCGUCAUGCGUCACGUUGCCACCGCGCUUCCUCCCGGGGCUGGCGCCCGCGCGGGCCCUGCGCGUGAGGAAGCCCAGCCAUCGUUGCGGGUCGGUGGAGUUCUCCGGGUAAGGCCCCUCCGGGUUCUUGACCAGCUGUCCGCGUGAGGGCUUCUGGCCGGGGAUGGGCGGCAGCGGCGGGGGGUAGUACCCUUUGCCAGUGCUCGUGGGCUCACCGCCCACCGUCGUCACAAUGCGCCGCUGCUGGGAGAGGCCGGGCGAUCGCAACAUAUGGAACGUCGGCCCCUCGACGGCGCUGGGCGGCUGCGUGCUGACGCCAUGGCGGUAAGGCCCUGUGUCGCUGGGGUGGCGCUUGGAGGAGGGCGUGCCGCCGCCGACGUGGAGGGCAUAUGCGUUCCAGCUGCCGCCUCGUGUGUAUGCGGGGCUGCGGCCGCUGACGGAUGUGCCUGCGGGGGUGCGGUCGGCUUCGGCGCCCGAUGUGCGGGACGGCGUGGGGGUCUCGUCCUUGGAGGUCCGCAACGGACGGGCCUCCUUCUCUCUAGGUGGGAAACGCAGCUGAACAAGGACAGACACACACACACACACGCACACACACACAGAGACAGAGGGAGAGAGAGUCGAGCGACAGAAAGGGUCGCUGCGUGCUUGUGGGAUGGGGGCGGGGCGUACCAGAGCUGCCUUUCGGCUGCUGUCGAACUCGUCGAGGAUUUCCUCCUGGAUCAGCUCCUCGAUGACAUCCUCGAGGGUGACAAUCCCGAUGAACGUGGCGUUGCGGUCCACUGCGCGGUGGUUGGCCUGACAAACAGACAGACAGACAGACAGGGGGCACCCCACGGUCAUCUGGGGGACUGUGGUGUGUCUGUCUAUUGUGGAUAGGCGGCUGGCGCACCGCACGCACCAGUGCACUGGCGUAUUCCUCGACCAGCUCGGUGACGAUGGCUAUGUGCGAUCGACCCUGACACACAACACAUGACAACACAUGACAACACACCACACACAGGACGGUCCGUCCGUCGGUCAGUGUGUCUGUCUUGCUGCGUGUAGUUUGUCAGCCUUAGUUACGCAUUGGAACUCGUUGAGCAUGUCGUAGAGGGAUGCCUGCGGUGACGCCACCAGGGGGGCGUGGCACACAAACUCCGACACCAGACGCCCUGGAUGAAUCGAUAGAAUGACACACAGACACGCACACACACGCGAUACACGAAACAGGGCCAGCUGCCUGUGGAUCGGAUGCAAUCAGUCAGUGUCGCCUCUCCCCCUGUGACGUGACGUGACGAACCUUCCUUUGGGUCCACUGUGAUGAGGCUCUUGACCAGCAGGAUGCCCUGCACGUUGUUGCGCGUCCUGCACUCACCCACACGCAUGUCCUGUGUGCUGUGCUGUGUGUACCGGUCGCUCUCUGAGCUCACUCGCUGUAUACGAGCACUCUGGAGUGUCCCCUCUCCAACAACUCGGUCAAAACGGCAGGCGUCAGCCGGGUCUUCAUCUCCUGCACGCAUCACAUCACAUCACACACGAACAGCAGCCAGCCCCCUCCCUGUUGGUGUCCUGUCCACUCCACGUGUCUGUCGACUGACUGGCUGACUGACCAGCAUGUAGAUGUCUUCAAACGGCACCAUCACCUCAACCACAGUCUUUGCUGCCAGAUCCAGCGCACCUGCACACACAAGGUAAGGUAUACUAUACAUCGCUGGCUGACCCAUGUCAUGAGUGGGGCUUGGCUUGGCUUGCGAGGGAUUCAUGGGGUGGGGACUGACCUUCAAUGACGAUCACUUCGUCACGCCCGAGUACGUCGUCCAUCAUGAUCUGGUCUGCAGUGCACAGAAAAGCCACAACCAUUUCUGCCAGGAUUGUGGCGUUUGAUGUGUGUCUGCGCGCGUUGCGUUUGUCACCUCUGAUGUCCUCCGGCGCCUGUGCGUGCGGGUCUGACUGCUUCCUCUGUGUCCCGCGGUUGUCAAGACCAUGCAUCCUGACACACACACACACACACACACACACACAACACAGCGUCUUUCACCCGCCCAGCCAUCCCCCCGCCCAGCCACCCACCUGAUGAGGGCUUUGAGAUGGGACCGUGCGUAGAAUCCUUCCUCCUCUGAGUGGUCGCCCAGCAGAGUGUCGAGCAGCCGUGCGAUGGGCCAGGAUAUGCACCAGAAGAUCACCAGCAUCGUCUUGACGAUCGGUGCCGUGUAGUAGGCGAUUGCCAGCUGGCUGGGGCCGGUGCACAGGGCCUGGGGCAGCACCUACUCACACACACACACGAGGUAGGUGGGUGGGUGGGUGGGAAUGUAUGGUGAGCGGAGCGAGCCAGAUGGAUGGAUGCCAAACUCAACUCACCUCUCCGAAGAUGAGAAUGGCCGUGACGGAGAGCACGACGGCCAUCCAGCUUGGCACCAACGCAUCGAGGAACAAGGGCAAAGCCUGCACAGAUGCACCGACACACAGACAGACACACAGACAGACAGACAGACAGACAGACAGGCAGGCAGACAGACAGGUAGGCAAUUGACACAUCUGUUCUCUCUCGUGUGUGUUCCUUCCGUGGGUCUCACCUCCAUGCAGGUCGCGUUGGCAAGUAGGAGCGUCACCAGCACUGCACCGCACCGCCACAUACGCAAUCAGAGAGAGAUACACACUCAAACAAACGCGCCGAGAAGGAUGUGAUGUGAUGUGUGCCUCUCACGCACACAAGUGGUGGUGGUGGAUCAGGGACAAGACCUUCUCAGCCCUGCAGCCAGGCAGGCACAAAACACCCACUCACGGUCCGUGUGGUGUGGAAGGAACAGGCCCGGCUCUUCUGUCUGUCUGUCUGUCUGUUGCCGCUCUGUCUGUCCUUCCCUCCCACACAGAACUGACCUCAGUUGUUCCACUUCUGUGCCCUCGGUCGACAGGAUGCGCAGCCUCACGGGGUCGAGUGACAUCAGCCCGGUGGUCAGACCCGACAUCAGACCCGCAAACGCAACCAGCCCCACACAGAUCGCCUGCAACACACAACACAGACACACACACGCGACAGGAAGCCAACAGGCAUCACAACGACAACACCGAAGCCAAGCCAUCUGUUGGUCACUCACGACGUAGAUCCAGAACCAGCUGCUGUAGAUGCUCAGUUUCUCCUGUAGCGCCGCUGUCGACCGUGCAAACAGCCCCGAAAGAUACGAGAAGGACCCCUCUGAGUGGUCGUCGUCGUCGUGCGAUGCCGCCAAGGUCCCCAACAGCGCCACCAGGAGGCAGAGGCCGAGCCUGGUGGAGGCAUACAGGCGCAUGGCAGACCGGGCCGCCAUCAAGCGAUGAUAUCGGGCGCGUG